UUGAACCAUCAGUCCUUUGAUCCCGCCAGCAACAAAUCCUCUCUGCAGUUGGGCAGCGCUGCUGGCCCGCGGGUGUCGGAAGGCCCAGCUGAGGAUGGCAGCGACCCGGGCACGAAGAGGAGGAGAGCGACCGUUCCUGCAGAUGGUGGCAGAAAUCUGAGCCUGGACUCCAUUCCGAUGGGCUUGCCAAUGUCAGACCCCAGCGCCUGGACCACGGCCAUGAACAACCUGGGGAUGGCUCCCAUGGGGAUGACAGGACAGCCCCUCCUGCCCGAUUUUGAUCCUGCGCUCGGGAUGAUGACUGGAAUCCCUCCCAUCAACCCCAUGAUGCCAGGCUUGGGGAUAGUCCCACCGCCCAUCCCUCCGGACAUGCCUGCGGUGAAGGAGAUCAUUCACUGCAAGAGCUGCACUCUCUUCCCACCUAACCCACAUCUUCCCCCUCCAGCAACAAGAUCGAGGCCCCCCGGGUGCAAGACGGUGUUUGUUGGGGGACUGCCGGAAAACGCGACCGAGCAGAUCAUCAUGGAGGUGUUUGAGCAGUGCGGGGAUCGGAAGAGCAAGAAGAAUUUCUGCCACAUCCGCUUUGCUGAGGAGUUCAUCGUGGACAAGGCGCUGUAUCUUUCUGGCUAUCGCAUCAGGCUGGGCUCCAGCACUGACAAGAAGGACACCGGGCGCCUGCACGUGGAUUUUGCCCAGGCCCGGGACGAUCUGUACGAGUGGGAGUGCAAGCAGCGGAUGCUGGCGCGAGAGGAGCGCCAUCGCAGGAGGCUGGAAGAGGAGCGCUUCCGCCCGCCCUCCCCGCCUCCCGUCGUCCAUUACUCCGACCAUGAGUGCAGCAUUGUCGCUGAGAAACUGAAAGAUGACACCAAGUUCCUGGAAGCCAUCCAGACGCUGCUGACCUGGAUAGAGCGUGGGGAGGUGAACAGGAGGACGGCCAACAACUUCUACUCCAUGAUCCAGUCGGCCAACAGCCACGUUCGCAGGCUGGUGAACGAGAAGGCAGCUCACGAGAAGGAGAUGGAGGAAGCGAAAGAGAAAUUCAAGCUUGCGCUCUCAGGGAUUCUGGUUCAGUUCGAGCAGAUAGUGGCCGUGUACCAUUCUGCCUCCAAACAAAAGGCUUGGGACCAUUUCACGAAAGCUCAGCGUAAGAACAUCAGCGUGUGGUGCAAACAAGCAGAGGAAAUCCGUAACAUUCACAAUGAUGAACUAAUGGGUAUUCGAAGAGAGGAGGAAAUGGAAAUGUCUGAUGAAGAAAUAGAAGAUCCAUCAGAGAUGAAAGAAACGGAAGAAUCAGCGCUGGUGUCGCAGGUGGAGGCCCUGAAAGAAGAGAACGACAGCCUGCGCUGGCAGCUGGACGCCUACCGCAACGAGGUGGAGCUGCUGAAGCAGGAGCAAGGCAAAGCCAGCAGGGAUGAGGACACCACCAAGGAGCAGCAGAUGAAGCUCCUCCAGCAGGCGCUGCAGGGCAUGCAGAAGCAUCUCUUGAAAGUACAAGAUGAGUACAAAAAGAGAGAAGCCGAGCUAGAAAAAGUGAAAGAAGAUAAACUGAAAAUAGAAACACUGUUGGAAAACCUGAAGGAGCAGGAGAGCAGCACAUCCCGGGUGUGUGCCUGCAGCCAGGAGAAGGAAUGUCCCGUGGAGAAGACGCUGAGCCACAGUCCCGUCAAGUCCGAGCGAGAGGUUCUGCUGGUUGGAAUCAUUUCGACGUUUCUUCACGUGCACCCGUUUGGAGCCAGCAUCGAGUACAUCUGCUCCUACCUGCAGCGCCUGGACAGCAAGAUCUGCACGGCCGAGGUGGAGGUGCUCAUGACACGGCUGCACAACACCUUCAGGCAGGAGCUGAGCGGCGUCGGGGCCAGCCUGGAGAAGAGGUGGAAGUUCUGUGGCUUCGAUGGGCUGAAGAUGACCUGA